AUGAAUCGUAUCACCACAAACGUGGACCAGAAACUAUUACGUACCACGAAGUUUCCGCCCGAAUUCAAUCAGAAAGUCGACACAACCAAGAUCAAUAUCCCGGUCAUCAAAAACUGGGCUGCUAGCGAGCUGUCAAGAAUUUUGGGAUACGAAGAUGAUGUUGUUAUUAAUCUUCUCUUCGAUCUUCUAGAGGGCUCCAAGAAUAUCCAACUUACUGGCUUUCUCGAGAAAGAUGCGGCUCUCUUCUGCAAGGAACUCUGGAAUCUUUGUUUGAGCGCACAAAAGAGCGACACCGGAAUCCCGCAGCAGCUUGUUGAGGCAAAGAAGUUGGAGCUCAUUCAAGAAAAGGUCGAGCAGGAAAGAGCCAUUGAAGCAGCCCGUCAGCGCAGGGACGAAGAAAGGAUCCGAGACAGAGAUUUAGAGAACAUUCGCAACCGAGACCGUGAUCGCAGAGAUCGAGGUGGACGCGGACGCGGCCGUGGUGGAGGUCGCGAUUUCGACAGUCGAGUUCUCAGAGACCAUUCCAGGUCGCAAUCACCACCAUCCAGACAGGGCUAUGGCUCAGGUGAUUUCCAUCGAAACAGAGCUUUGCCUAGGGAGACAGAUUCGUACGUUCCUAUAGGGGAGAACNNGGUGGCCGAAGAGGUGGGAGACGCCAGCGCUCCCCCUCUAUCACUCGCGGUAGUCCUGUCUCGGCAUCCCCUCGCCACACAUCUCCAGUCCGAUCGCGAAGGACUGCACGGCGCAACACCUCGAGUGAGCGCAGCCGCAGCCGAUCUGCAGAGCAUCGGUAUUCCAAGCGAUCCGCUGAUCUAA